AUGUUAAAUACAGUGGCUUACGUCUGGGACCCCAACCUGCUUCCACUCUACUUCAACCAAAGCUUUAAGACAAAGGUUGAACUGACCAGCUAUGGGACUGAUGAUGAUGAUGGUGGUGCUGAUAAUGAUUAUGAUGGUGAUGUGACGGGAGUUCUAGCCGGAAUUCCAAUACUAGCAUUUGGAGCUUUAGAGCCGGUGUUCGCUCUGUUUGGAAACCUCCUCGGCAACUAUGUUACAACGACUGCCGCGCGAAAAGCCAUGGCUGUCACCGCUUGUCUAUGCGUAUCUGGAUGCCUUUUUGUGGCGGCCUUUACCUCCAACUCUGCCGUGGCAGCAUGUUUCGUCGCUGUAGGCUACGGAUGUUCCGCAGCCAGGGCAGCGGUUGCUGAUGCCAACGCCUUUGACAUCGCGCCCCGGUACGCCAGCGUGAUAUCUGGGAUCUGCCGAGUCUUUUGUCGUACCGUCGGCCUAACCUUCCCACUGUUGGUGGCAACACUCACAAAGAAUAAGGCAUGUAACGUUAUUUGA